CUUUAUUGGUUAGUCAAGUUGGUUCAAUGUUUAGUAACCAAUCUCAGAAGGGAGCUAAGUUUUGCAUAUAAAUACCACAAAAGCUCUUGCGCUUGAUCAGCUUAAUUAGCUUGCUUAUGCCUUGCUAAUCAACAAGUCAAUUCUUCAUGCUCUGCACCGCUUAUUGUAAAGCUUAAAUUCCAACCAAAGACUGCAUUUACAACUUAUAACUUAGAAGUGGAACCUUGAAGCCUGCAAGAAAUGCAAAAAAUGGAAAACCCAAAGGCUUCAGCAGAUCAGCCUGAGCCAAGGGACAUUUACAAAAUUGCUUAUAUAAUCCAUUUCUUGCUUGGUGCAGGCAAUUUGCUUCCUUGGAAUGCUUUUAUCACAGCUGUUGAUUACUUCGGUUAUCUCUACCCUGACAAGCAUGUUGAAAAGGUUUUCUCUGUAGGUUAUAUGAGCUCUUCUCUGCUAGUUUUAGUUGUUAUGAUGAGUUCGGGUUGUUGCAGCAGAAUGUUUACUCAUAGAUUUAGAAUGAACAUGGGGUUUUCCAUGUUUAUUCUCUCCCUAAUGGUUGCUCCAACUAUAGACUGGGCGUGGCAUAGCAGCUGGUCGAAAGAAAGGCAGGAUACAACCUAUUUUGUGACAGUUGCAGCAGUUGUAAUAUGUGGUUUAGCAGAUGGCUUGAUAGCAGGAAGCUUGAUAGGAUCAGCGGGAAAGCUUCCAAAACAAUACAUGCAGGCUAUUUUUGCUGGAACUGCCUCUUCAGGUGUACUGGUUUCCAUCCUGCGAAUAAUAACUAAGGCUUCACUUCCACAAACCCCACAGGGCCUCCGAGCAAGUGCUCACUUCUAUUUUAUAGUCAGCACCACCAUCCUGCUUUGCUGCGUUCUUUGCUCCAAUUUGCUAUACAAGUUACCAGUUAUGCAACAGCAUUACAGACUUCAUGGAGAUGACAUAUUUUGCUCCAGGACACAAUUUUGGACCGUGGCAAGAAAAGUCUGCUGGCCAGCUCUCGGGAUUCUCAUGAUAUACGUAGUGACCCUAUCUAUUUUCCCCGGAUUUAUAGCCGAGAAUCUGGAAUCCAAGCUUCUUCAGGAAUGGUAUCCUGUGUUGCUGAUUACGUUGUAUAAUGUUGCAGAUUUCAUGGGAAAAUCUCUGACUGCAAUAUAUGUUCUACGGAGCAUUAAGAAAGCUACAUGGGCUUCCAUAUCUAGGCUUUUAUUCUAUCCACUUUUCAUUGCUUGCCUCCAUGGACCAAAGUGGCUGAAGGGUGAAAUACCAGUAGUGGUUCUUACAUUUUUGCUCGGACUGACGAAUGGAUACCUAACAAGCGUGUUGAUGAUCCUAGGCCCCAAGACCGUACCAGUGUCGGAAGCAGAAUUAUCUGCAAUUGUAUUGGUCUUGUUCCUGGGAAUUGGUUUGGUCAGUGGUUCUGUUCUUGGUUGGUUUUGGAUCAUUUGAUCCUUCAUAGGCUCUGGUUUGGAUCAUUUGAUCCUUCCUGAGCUUCCCCAGUCUCCAACUCAUGUAGCUAGUUUUCCUUGCAAUAGGAAAAGGUUAGUUCUGCUCUUCUGUGUGCUGAUUUUGCAAACCUGAAGUUAACUCUUAAUGUACUCCGCAUAAUGAUGAAAUCUGAAAGUUCUCUUAAGAGUCUGUGAAAACACAAUAAAAAAAAAAAAGCCUCAAUGAAUGUUAUUAUUAGCAACCAGGUUGCUUGGCAAAAUCUAUAAGCAGCUUGUCUUUAUUAUCAGCCAAAAGCAACGAAUAAUCAGAAAACUCCAAAAAAAAAAAAAAGGAUAAAAACAAUGGCUUUUGUCUUUUGAUCUUGAUCUACUUGGAAUCAAUUUCAU